AUGGAGUCAAAAAAUGAUGAAAGCAAACCAGAUGAAAAUAUGAAUUAUAAUGAUAUUCAGGUAGAAGAAGAAGCAAAAAUCCUGGAAAUUGUAAAUAGCUCAGAAAAUGAGAAGACUUCAGAACCAACAGAAGAGAACGUUGAAGUUAAUGCUAAAUUUACGUCUAAAACUAAACACUUCACUCCUUCAAUCAAGAUAAGCCGAGCUUUCACAACGCUCACAGAAGAGAACUUAAUCCAAAAAGAAAUUAUGGAAAUCUCAGAAGAUAAAGCACAAAACGCUCUUAUAAGAGAGCUUCCGAGAAGAUCACAAUCAAUUAUAUAUGCCUUCUUCAGAAGACUGUAUGAACAAAUCUAUGAUAAAUUUUUAAGUCCGCAAGAAUUUUUGACCAGCAUCGACCCUGAAAAUAAAAACAAAUUUUCAUUGGAGGAGUUUUGCAACGUCCUUAUGAAGAAUGGGUACCGGUUCACUACGUAUGAAUUAAAUUUUGUUUUCAAUUUAAUUAAAGAAGAUGAGUAUGUGUCCUCAGAAAUGAUCAUAAGCCAGCUGGAGAGGCAGGAAAUUGACUGUGACUCGGAUAGAAGCUCUGAUGUGUCAUCUCCUCCGACGAACACGCCUAGCAUGCACGGGUUUACUUCAUUUGCAAAUGCGUUACGUUCAUCACUGGGGUGGAAGAAUGAGUGUGAUUCGAGUUUUUCAAGAAGUGACUCAUGGAAUUCAAACUAUAGUAAAAACUAA